AAAAAGAAGAAAAAAAACUACUAUUCCCUCCACAAUGUGCCAAAACAUCCUCUAUUUUUCUUGUAAAAAAAAAAAAAACCUACCGUUUCCCCCAUUAAUGGCAUCUUUCAAGACCAUGAUCUCCAUUUUGAUGCAAUUCUCAAUAACCGCCCCAUGUCUUCUAUGGCGAUCAAGAACCCAUAUUUUUUACAUGUUCUUGCUCCUUCUUUCCCUCUUCUUCCUUUCAACGUCUUUCAACCAGCGUUCCCCGAACGCGUUAGCCUUGGCAUUAGCAACUCGUCUUCGAUUUGCCGCCGACUACAUCGCCUCCUUCACCUCCGUUUCUUCUUCCAACACCUGCAUUGUCUCCGACGUUCGGAGCAACUGCACUCUUUCUUCUGUCACCGCAGUUGAAAGAACUCCUGGGAAUUCUCUCGAAGACGGGAACGAUGUGAUUAAAGACCUUAGUUCUUGCGACAUUUUUAAUGGCAACUGGGUCUUGGAUGAUUCUCGCCCUGCUUACAUACCAGGGUCUUGCCCCUACGUUGAUGAUUCUUUCAACUGCUUCAAGAACGGCCGGGUCGAUUUCAGUUACGUUAGAUACCGAUGGAAGCCUUUUGAUUGUCAAAUUCCAAGGUUUAAUGGGAGGAAAAUGCUGGAAAUGUUGAGAGGGAAGAGGCUGGUUUUCGUGGGAGACUCUUUGAAUAGGAACAUGUGGGAAUCACUGGUGUGUUCAUUGAGAGAAUCAUUGAAAGAUAAGAGACGUCUCUUUGAAGUUUCCAGCAGGAAUGAGUACAGGACUCAAGGUUUCUUUUCUCUCAGAUUCCAAGAUUACCAGUGCACAAUAGACUUCAUCAAAUCACCAUUCCUAGUCCAAGAAUGGAAAAUCUCUGAUAAAAGUGAGAUUAGGAGGGAGACACUGAGGCUUGACAUGAUUCAGGGUUCUAAGUACAGUAAUGCCGAUAUAAUUGUCUUCAACACUGGCCAUUGGUGGACUCACCAAAAAACUGGCAAAGGCAAAAAUUACUUCCAGGAAGGCAGCCAUGUCUAUGACAGAAUGGAAGUAAAAGAAGCAUUCACAAAGGCAUUGAAAACAUGGGCACAAUGGGUUGAUUCCAACAUUGAUAGAAAGCACACCAGGGUCUUCUUUGCAGGAUACUCUUCUUCUCAUUUCAGGAAAGGGCAGUGGGAUACAGGUGGGAACUGUCAUGGUGAAACAGAGCCUAUAUCAAAUGAGACCAGCUUAGCCCCAUAUCCAUGGAUGAUGAGCAUCCUGGAAUCAGUAAUAUCAGAAAUGAAAACACCAGUAUUUUAUCUUAACAUCACCAAGAUGACAGCUUACAGAAAAGAUGGGCAUCCAUCGAUUUAUCGACCAUUAGAGAUCCCGAGGACCCCCGGCAUGUUCCAGGAUUGCAGCCAUUGGUGCCUCCCAGGUGUUCCAGACUUCUGGAAUGAACUUCUCUAUGCCGCCUUGCUAAUAUCGGGCCAUGACUUACCAAAUAAUGAUUAACAUCAUUUCCUUUUUAGUUCUGUCUCAAGUUCUAAUGUUAGUUCCCUCCCCUCCCCCCCCCCUUUUCUGUGUGUAUAUCAAAUGUCUGAUAAAAACCAGUGUCAAAACCAUUGAAGUAAAUGUUUUGUAAUGAAAUUGCAUUGAAAGAA